AUGAACGUUACAGAGGACGGAUGUGGAGAUGAGUGCGACAUCCCACCAGAGCAUCUGUUCAGUGAUUUUAUCGAGAUGACCUACCUCUUAUUAGUGAUCGUCAUCGGUACACCAGCUAACAUUUAUGUGCUUACAAAACUGUUUCGGGAAUUGAGAACCUGUAAGAAUGAUUCCGUCAAGAUCGGGUUUUUAUUGCUGAAGAUUAAUUUGAAUAUAUCGGAUUUGAUCAUUUUGAUAAUAUUAGCGGUCGGUAAGUUUUGUUGGCUAGCAACGUAUGCAUGGAACGGUGGUGAUCUGUUGUGUAAACUGUUUAAUUUUAUGUCGAUGUUUGCACUGUAUAUCAGUUCGAAUAUUGUUGUUUGUAUUGCUUUGGAUCGACUGCGUAAUGUCGUUACCGCGUCUAAAAUCAGGAGACGUCACUCAACGACUGCAGUUCGUUCGAUGAUAGUCAUUUCGUGGUUACUUUCAUUACUGUGGAGUGUACCACAGCUGUGGGUUUGGCGUACACUCAAUGUGUAUCCAAAUUAUCCCGGUGGCUGGGUUCAGUGCUCAGACAUUUGGUCUAUUGAACGCUUCCAAGCAUUACACCAUCCACUUCAAUAUAUGCAUUCUGAACUUACUCAGAACAUUUAUAAUAUAUCACAUCUGGUACUCGUUUUCUGGGGUCCACUACUCGUUUUGUUGGUCAGUUACGCGUUUAUUGCAUUUCGACUUAUGCAGUAUUCAAUUCGUGGGCCACAAUGCAGUGAUAAUAGUCGUCUGAUUGGAUUGCGAACAUCAUCUCCGAAUUUUUCUCAACGGCCUUCGAUAAUUGUCCAAAGAACUGAUUCAACUGAGGCGAAUCUUUCGAGGUCUUCACGUCGAAAUCAAUCCAUUCAACUUCAAUCCGGUAGCAUGCGUAAAUCACUUUCCGAAGAAUACUUCAUAGACCUAGAGAACAGUGAUGUAAGACGCAAUUUACCGCUACAAAUUGGUGCGAAUAAUCGUGAUAUUAGAGCAGCUUCGUCGGUCGGAUUCAGGAGGGAUCGUAACCAAUCGAUGGUCACCGUUGACAGCGACUCAUUUUGGCCACGGGUUAUUUGCGCAGUACGUUUGGCAUGUGGUUCUCAGGAUAUGUACAAUGGACGCACAACAUUUGCAGCCACAUUAUCGACUGAUUCGAAUGCUCGACCGAGCGUUGCAAGUACCUAUUCGAACAGACGUUCACUAAUGAACAUAUGGUCGGGUAUUCGGCACAAGGACAGGGGAUCAGGCAGCGGUAAGUGCACACAUCUUAUUGAUGAUCAAUAUUUAUUCAAGAUCGAUUUGAAAGCUUUCCUUUGA